UAACUGACUGGCUUUGGCACGAAGCGACGAUCGACCUAAAGUUUCAACCCGUACGCAGAACGAGAUGUUUUCCUGUCCACUUGAGUUCAGUCCACUAUUGAAACUCAACCCGGAACGACGUGCAAGCGGCCGGCAGCCCGACUUUAGUGAUUUCUCAUUUUCUCAUUGACACUUGGAACCAAUCAUGAUCACUGCCCUCUGAAGAGAGUGUCUUCGUGUACAAUUUACUGUGGCAUCUCCUUGAGAUCUGAUGAUAACCCGGCUUCAAUCUGAGGAGGCCUAUGAGUGAAUCCUGUCGUCAAACCUUGACACUAUUACAAUGAGGUUUAUGGCCUUACCACAUGAGGCUCACGUGUGGAUCGCCUUCGCCAUAAUCUCGUGGUGUGUGGCCAAUAAGCCACCGGUGGAAGAGCAGGGUCAACCCCCUAAACUUAUGGUUGUGGCUGCGGUGAAUGACCAACCAGUGUCCGAAGAGAACAUCCCAGAGGAGUUGGACUCAUCCAGGAUAUCAAAACGAAUUGGAUACGUUUCGGAACGAGAUACGAACCAGCUAUCCGAGAGAGAGGUUGCUCAAGCCAGAAAGACGAACAGAGUGGGUCCUAAUAACCCGACCGAUUUAGUGUCAGAUAUCCAUUGCUUGGAAUCCCCCACUUCCAACCUCUUUACGGCCUUUCUCCGACCUCCAGACGGUCAAAAGGAGACGAGUCCGGUUCUCGAGGAAAAACCCACGGCCGAUGAAGAUUUGUGUUUGAUCACAGCAACGAAUUUGAAUAGCGUGUUUGCGCUUGAUUUGAAUCGCCUGGAGGAAUGCGGGGUGAAAACUUGUUCCGUGGACGGCGAGCGGUGGCUUUGUCUGCUGGUUCGAUUCCCGAUCAUGUCCGGACUGAAGCUCCCCGAGGACGAGGUCAUCGAGAUCAAGUGCAAGCCCCAAGAGCCCUCGGUGGAGGGUAGGAAUGUCAUUAACUUCCAAAAAAACGCAGUCGAGCAACGCUCUCCCACAAUAUAUUUGGGUGGAGGUCACGACUUCUUGAGCGAAAUCGGUCUUUUUCGUCGCCUGGCCGGGACCGACUUGUUUGCCAGCCGUGUCCAAUCGGGGAGCACGAUCGAAUUGGGAGAAAAUGUCCAACUCAGAAGUAUCGUUCGCGCUGGUGAUGGUUGGAACUACGCCAAGAUCACGGAUGUGAUUAUUCAUCGCGUACACAAGGGCCAACCCAUGCGAGAUGAGAGAAACACGGCGAGAUUGGUGACCGAGGAGGGUUGUCGAAAUCCGUCGUAUCGCGUUUUAGCGCCCGUGAAUCCUUGGAGAGAUACCGAGAAUCGUCUUAUCAAUAAUUUCGACUUUCGCGUGUUCAUGUUCCAAGACAUGGAAAGCGGGGAUGCCAUCAUGAUCAGUGCCAAAGUCGUGGCCUGUGUGGAAGAAAUCGAUUGCGCACCGGCUAAAUGUGGUAGAGAUGCAGAUGCUGGUUAUGGAAAACGGAGACGUCGAAGUGUGUCCGGAAACAACUCAACCGACUCGGCUAGAAGUGCCAGUCUCCUUGACAUAGACGAGGAUGCCAAGACCAAACGAUGGGAAGAAAACCUUGAGCUCAAAAUUCGCUUACCUCAUGACCUCAUUCACGGAGGAGGAAACCCUGCUUAUCCAGAAUCUCAAUCGGGAAUCCUUGGCGUGGCCUCAGCUUCGGCUGUCAUUCCUCUCACUGAAUCGGAAUGCAAGCUCUAUCUCAUCUUGACCUUGUCUGUUGCUCUCACAUUUUGCGUACUCUCUGCCGGGAUUGUCCUAAUAGCCUGCAUCAAACGUGUUCAACAAGUUCGGAGUAGAGAUCGCUAUGAAAGUAAACUCGCCCACGAGCAUCAAAAGGGAGAGGGAGGAGGAGAUCCUGAGCACAUUCUGACGCCUGGGUCCGGAUCUUCCGGGGAUAGCGAGUCCAUGAAGCUGGCAUAUAUGCCCUAUAUCAUAUCCUAUGAUGUCCGCCAUUCAAUGCAACACACCACUAGUCAAACUGCCUUACAAAAUGGAAGCCAUUCCGUUCAUGCCACGCCUCGACCGGUCACCGUUAGGAGCGUGAAAAGACGAGACAAGGCUAAAGCCGAAAACCGCCUUCAUAUGUCACAAUCUUAGAGUAAUCUAGUGGCCAGAUCCAAAUCCCCAAGUCGCGUGCUCAAACGAGCCAACAGCGAGGAUGACGAUGACGAUAAAGCCAUCAUGGUUUGAAGACGAAUUACACUUUUCCCGUUUUUCAAUACAUUAUAGGAAACAUUCAAUAGUCAAUGAAUAACACUUAAUUAUUCCACUUCACAAUCUGUGUGUAUGUUCAAAUGCGGGUUUGUCAUGAACCCUAGUUUAUCACUAAUGCAAAUAAAUAGAAACUAUAAGUAUUUAAA